GGGUGCGAUCAAUCGGCCCAGGUGGGAGCGGUGAUUGGCCGCGGGGCGCGCCCUCCGGAGACGCCCUCGUAGGCGCCCGCUCCGGUGGGAGGGGCGCGGCGCCGCGUCUGCAGCCACUGCGUCCGGUCCGCCCGCCCGCCGGUCCGCUGGUCCCUCCUGCGGCCUGCCUGCUGGGCAGGGCCGGCCCGGCCCAGCCAUGGAGUCCUACGACAUCAUCGCCAACCAGCCUGUGGUCAUCGACAAUGGUUCUGGGGUGAUCAAGGCUGGCUUUGCAGGAGACCAGAUUCCCAAAUACUGUUUCCCAAACUAUGUCGGGCGCCCUAAGCACAUGCGGGUGAUGGCUGGAGCCCUGGAAGGUGACAUCUUCAUUGGACCAAAAGCAGAGGAGCACCGGGGGCUGCUGACCCUGCGCUACCCCAUGGAGCAUGGCGUGGUGCGGGACUGGAAUGACAUGGAGCGCAUCUGGCAGUAUGUCUACUCCAAGGACCAGCUGCAGACCUUCUCUGAGGAGCAUCCUGUUCUUCUAACGGAAGCCCCACUCAACCCGAGUAAGAACCGGGAAAAGGCAGCAGAGGUGUUCUUUGAGACCUUCAACGUGCCGGCCCUGUUUAUCUCCAUGCAGGCCGUACUCAGCCUGUAUGCAACAGGACGCACGACAGGAGUGGUUUUAGACUCGGGGGACGGGGUCACCCAUGCCGUCCCUAUCUACGAGGGCUUUGCCAUGCCGCAUUCCAUCAUGCGCGUGGACAUUGCUGGCCGAGACGUCUCCCGCUAUCUCCGGCUGCUGCUGCGCAAGGAAGGUGUCGACUUUCACACCUCAGCUGAGUUUGAGGUUGUUCGGACCAUCAAAGAGAGAGCCUGCUACCUGUCUAUCAACCCUCAAAAGGAUGAGGCUCUGGAGACAGAGAAGGUGCAGUACACCUUGCCAGAUGGCAGCAUGCUUGAUGUGGGGCCUGCAAGAUUCCGGGCUCCCGAGCUGCUGUUCCAGCCAGACCUGAUAGGGGAUGAAAGCGAGGGACUCCAUGAGGUGCUGGCCUUCGCCAUCCACAAAUCUGACCUGGACCUGCGUCGCACACUGUUCGCCAACAUCGUGCUUUCUGGUGGCUCCACGCUAUUCAAAGGCUUUGGUGACCGAUUACUCAGUGAAGUGAAGAAGCUUGCCCCAAAGGACGUCAAAAUCAAGAUCUCUGCACCUCAGGAACGGCUGUAUUCCACGUGGAUCGGUGGCUCCAUCCUGGCCUCACUAGACACUUUUAAGAAGAUGUGGGUCUCCAAGAAAGAGUACGAAGAAGAUGGUGCUCGUGCUAUUCAUCGCAAAACCUUCUAGUGCCCAAGGAGGAGGGGGCAACGCUUGGGAGAAUGGGAGGAAAGGGGAGCCAGAGCCAUUAACCCCUUCUGGGCUGGGCUCACGCACCAGGCGUAGGGUCCGCUGCAUGCCCUGAACCUGGGCAGGUGGUGCAACAGCGCUUCCCUGCAGCACUGCCCUCCACACACGCACGCAUGCACACACAGACAUGGUAAUGUUUAGCCGCAGGGGUGGGCAUCUUGAAUGGAGGAGCCCGGCCUUGGGUGGUUCUGGUUGUUCCCCUUGGCAGGGCCAAUUAGACCUACGGUUCCUGGCUCUAACCCUUGAGGCUGCUUCCCUGAGCUCUAAGGCCAGACACCCAAAUGCCCUCAUUUCCUCUGACAGGGUCUCUCCCAGAGCCGAGUGCCUGGAUGCCUGUGUAACUAGCUUUGGGGAGUAGGUUAGAGGAGGGGGCAGCCGGCAGCUCCCCACUGGUGUAUCAGUUUCUCAUGCCACCUCUUCCUGAUCUGACAGGGUAGCACAAAGGGCCAGCCACUCCUGGGCAUCCCUGACCUUCCACACUCUGUCCCCGUCUUCCUGAGUAGAUGCCUUGGGGCAGGCUUAACAGUGGGCAGUCUGCCCUCCCCAGUAAGGGGUUCUGGCCCAGGGUUGGAGCCAGCACAGAAUGUGUGUGUGCGGGGGGGGGACUUUCAGACAGCCAGUCUUUUGUGUUCUCCCCUUCAAAGCACUUCACUGACUUGCUGCUCCUUCUCCUUUACCCCAGUACCCUGGACGGGGUAAGAGUUAAUGGUCUUCAUUUGUUGAGGGAGGGGAAGCCACUUAAUCAGGAGUCAGACCCAGAGGGUUGAGGGGGCACAAUUCCUCUCCCAGAAGAUCUUCAUUACCCUGGGCCAGGUCCCCCACCUCCCUCUCCCAGAUAUGUACAGUAAUUUUACCCAGUUGCCUGAAAAAAACUUUUUUGUAAAUCAUUAUAGUAAUAAUUAUGAACAAG